CUUUCUCUCUUUCUCUCCCCACCCCCGCUGUUGCGCUGCAUACUGUGCGUUCUACCGCGUACGUAACGUAUUUAUAUUCCGUCGCGAGGGGAGCUGUCCUGAGCGCGUGACGCCAUGUCGUCGGACAAGGAUAAGAUGGCCAAAUACCGGACGGAGAUUCAACAGAUGAUGUUUGUCUCCGGCGAAACCGGCGACCCCUCACCCGAAACCACCACCCUAAUAGAGUCCAUUGUGCAAGACCAAGUCCAACACAUACUACGCGAAUGCACCGCCCUCGCCACGCGCCGCGGCAGCAAAUCAAUCUCCACAGACGACCUCUUCAUGCUGAUCCGACAUGACCGCGCCAAGAUCUCCCGCCUGCGCCAUUUCCUGCAGUGGAAAGACGUGCGGCGCAGUGUCAAAGACUCCGACGACAAAGGCGGUGACGCCGGCGCCGACGUAGCAGCCGGGGACGCCGAUCUAGCCGCGGGUGUCGUGGGCGCGGGCUCUGGUCCCUCCGGCCCCGAAGCAGGCAAGAAAGCUAAGCGCGCAAAAGUCGACUUGGUAUGGGAUGUGCACUCAUUCUUCACGGAAUUCCCGCCGCUGAAAGACGACGUCGAGGACGAAGAGGAGGAGGAGAUGAACUACGCGACCUUGCAACGCUUGAAGAACGCAGACGAACGCACAAAGAACAUGACGCGCCUCGAAUACGUGCACUGGUCCGACUGUCGCCAGGCCUCGUUCACGUACCGCAAGGGCAAGCGCUUUAAGGAAUGGGCUGGCUUCGGCCUUAUUACUGACUCGAAGCCGUCGGAUGAUAUCAUCGAUAUCCUCGGCUUCUUGACGUUUGAGAUUGUGCAGACGCUGACCGAGGAGGCACUCAAGGUCAAAGAUGCAGAGGAUCUGUACAAGAAGAACACGGGUGGAGAGCAGAAUCGGUUGAAGAGGAAGAGGGAGAGGGGUCUGUUUGAUCCGCCAGAGGAGGCUAGGGAACCCGUGCAGCCGGGCCAUGUGCAGGAGGGCUAUCGGAGGUUACAGAGGGGGAAUAACAAGAGUCGAGCCAUGCUCAACUUCACGAGGAACGUCCAUCGCGCGGCUUUGAAAUUGAUCUGAAAGAUAGCGACACUUGUAUGGGAGUUGGGAGUUUGUAUCGGUAUAUUCUUUUCACGGUUUUGUGAUACCCAUGGACAGGUUGACACCACAUGGUUUGGUAUGGAAAGUUUCAGCCACUCAUUCAUAAAGAAAAUAUUUGUUGGCAUGGCUGGUUGCCCACCGAGCACUGACGUACAAGCGCACAAGUAUCACCACUAAAGCAACGCAAG